AUGUUCUCCACUUCUACCACCGCUCCCACCACCCCCGACUUUGUCCCUCAGUCUCCAUGCUUUGAGGACAGGACCCACCCCGCCUCGAUGGCUCCCUGUGGUUACCACAACCCCGCCCUGCUCGAGUUCAUCCGCACAGACGUCUCGCGCGAGCUUGUCUACUACCUGGCGGACAGGACGACUUCUGUGAUUGGCCAGGCUACCAAAGACGCGGCUCCCCUCUCUCCCCCCACUACCCCCACCAAGGAGGACUCUGACGCGGCUGCCGGUCUGCCUUCGCUGGAAACCUUUGUCGCUGUCGUGUGCGAGCAGUCGAACGUGCAAGUAUCUACCCUUCUUGCCACGCUCGUCUACCUCGAACGACUUCGACACCGAUUGCCCAAAGUCAACAAGAUAGGCAUGCCUUGCACGCGCCACCGAGUCUUCCUUGCUACCUUGAUCGUUUCUGCCAAGUACCUCAACGAUUCGUCGCCCAAGAACAAGCACUGGUGCAAGUACGCCCAGAUGUUCCCUGUCAGCGAGAUCAACCUUAUGGAGAAGCAAUUGCUUUUCCUCCUCGGCUACGACCUUUCCGUCGGAGAGCAAGAGAUUCUUGACAACUUUGAGCCUUUCCUCAGCCGAUACUCAUUCUUCUCUUCCCCGAGCGUGGCUUCAUCGCCCGAGCUCCCUCCCACACCCGUGACCCCUGCCCACCCCCCUCGUCGUCACUCCAAGAGGCACCAGCGAACCACCUCCCUUGGUUCCCGCACAUUCGUCGCCCCUCCUCUCGACCGUUCCGGUUCUUCCUCGUCCCUCGAAUCCGAUGACGGGCCCGUUACGCCCCGCGAAUCGCCUUCGCCUGUGGUUGCCCAUGCUCAGCGAGGCUACGCCUGCAAGUCCCAGGCCCAGGCCAAGGCGCAGGGUCAGAGACCGACGGCGAUCUACGAAGUGCCCCUCAACAGCAGCACCUACCUCCCCAAAUCGAUGUCUAUCGAAUCUAUCCGAUCUAUCAGCCAGACCAAGGUCGCCCUUGCCGUUGUUCCUUCAGGCAAGGAAAACUUUUUGCAGCGAUUGCUUCGAUCGGAUAAGAGACGGAAGGCGCCUUUGGAGGAGAUCGAGAACCAGAACCAGAGCAUCAGUUCGCUGUCAUCUUGGGUAUACUAG